UGACGUUUGAGCUUAUCUGCAUUAAUAUACAUGUACGAGACGCUCGUUCUUUGGUUCAGAAAUAUUCGUCGCAGUCUUAAAUCGAUUGCGUGGAUGAUUGGUAAUUACUGUGCGUUGUGCUGUCAUAGAUAGUGAUAAUAAAAUGUUAGAGUGUCACAAUGAUUUAGAGAUUGAAGAGCUCGAAGAGGUGGAAGUAUUCAAUAUGACGUCACUGGGAAGGCUCGUAUUCGUCGAUAUUAACUCGAGACAUCCGAAGUCCCUGUAUUCCGAUGAAUCUUCCAUAGAUGUCACGGACUCCUUGUCGCUCGCAUUUGAAAAUCUUUUUCAUAUGCCUUUUGAUAUCAUUGAAAGUUACGGCAGUACUUUGCGCACACUUGAUAUUAGUCACAACAAGUUUAGCAGAAAUCUAUACUUCUUAACGGAAUUCGAAAAUAUUUCAUCGCUCAAUCUUGAUCACAAUAACAUCGAUGCUCACAGCAUUUUUCCGUCAAUGCCAAAGCUUCAGCUUCUCUGGCUGAAUCACAAUAAGAUAGAAGACUUGUUUCCUUUCUUAAAAAAUUUAUACACGAGCAUGCCAAAUCUACGUUAUCUUUGCCUAAUGGGAAAUAAGGCUGCACCCAGUUAUCUUAAUGGCGGCAGUUUCUAUGAUUAUCUUCAGUACAGGCUAUUCGUGAUAUCGUGGUUUCCAAAAUUAGUACACCUAGAUGAUCGUAUAGUCACCAAUGAACAACGACUGGAGGCUAAAAGACUGUUUAAACGACCUUUCCUUGAGCAGCUCACAGAAAAUGCACAGCUUCCGGAGUGCAUAAAACUCCUGCACAAUAAAGUCACUAACGUUUUUGGUAAACAAGCGCUGCCUGAUAAAAUGAAAACGUCCAGAGGAAAAAAUUUUAUUAUCUGAAGCAGUAUUAUGCGAAAUUAAGCUCAUAUCCUGUAAAUGCGUCAAACUGGAAGACUGUCCUUCGUGGGAGAGAAUGUUUAUGAAUUUGAUGUUCCUGAAAUACGUAUCAAAAGUAAAAUAUACGGAGAUCUGUAAUUACAAACAAGCACGAUGCGUCGUGUAUUGCUAUGGCAAUAUUAGAAAAGCCAAAUGGGACGUAAAAGGUGUGCACACCAUUUAGCAUGGAACUUCAGUUAUUGAUUUCGAAGUUUCCAAGCUAUAAUUAUAAUGAUAUCUUGAGCUGUCAAUUACAAAGUAGUAGCGAUUAUGAUAUCCUAAUUACUGUUUCCCACAUGACAAUUGAACAAACUAUCUAACAAGAUUUUAAGUAAAGAUAAAAUACAGAAGGAAAAUAUUCUGUAAUUUACUAGUCGUAAUCAGUAAACUCAUUGUCUAUGAUAAUAAUUUCUAUGAAGGAAAUGAAAUAAUGUAUGGUACCAAUUAGUUUUAUACAUUGCCUGAUGGCAAAUUUUAUAUAAUUUACAAGCAUCCUAUAUCUCUGACAGGUAUCUUAACGUACGUAAAAGAUUGAACAAAAUUGUUGUAUGAUACAUGUACAAUGUAUUUUUUUAUACAUCACAUAUAAUCGUAUUGAACAUCAACGUGCCAUCCAAUUUAACAUUAGGCAGUCAAUAACAAUACUAAAAAAAGAAUAAUAUAUGACGCUAAAAUUA